GGUUUAAUUGGACGUUGGGCCAGGAGUUGGCCAAGCAGUGCAACAAUGAUCAGUCUUCAUGGGAUCAGAAGCUGCCUGCGCUUCUCAUGGCCUACAGGUCUGCCGCCCACGAGACUACGGGGUAUUCACCGGCAAAGCUGAUGUUUGGACGUGAGCUGCGAUUGCCGGUGGACCUACUGACAGGAAGGCCUCCUGGGGAAAGCCUUCCAAGGGACGCCUCCAGUUUUGCCCGUCAACUAGAGGAACGGCUGGAAGAGGUGCACCAUCAAGUCCGAGGUGCCUUGAAGUUCUCCGGGGAGGCCAUGAAGCGCGGUUACAAUAUGAGGGCAAGCCACGUUGACUUCAAGGAAGGAGACCGAGUCUGGCUUUACAACCCGCAGAGGAAGAAAGGACAGUCUCCGAAGUUACAGAGCCCCUGGGAAGGCCCUUACACUGUGCUAGAACGCCUCUCCGACGUGACUUACCGAAUCCGGAGAACGGAAAAGACCAAGCCGAAAGUUGUCCACGUCAACCGCCUAUGGAGGUACCACGGUCCGGGAAACUACACCUGGAACAACUACAGACACCCAGCAGCCGACGAAAACGCAAGGGACGUCCAGGACCGAGAGGAGGUCGACGACGACGUAGGCCUCCUGGCCCUUUCAGCCGAGGGAGAUAACCUCCCGGCUUCGGCAGAUGUUCCAGGGACACCCCAAGAAGCGGACGACGACGAGGCGCACCAGGAGACAGACGCGCAGGAGGCAACGAACAGAAGACAGAGACAACGCAGACGUCCACAGCGAUACGACGAUUAUUAUGUUUUUGAUUAAUUCUCUUAUGUUUGUACAUAGUUAAGUGUGUGAUCGGGACGAUCACAAUUAAGAGGGGGGGAUAGUGUUGUGCUGGAAGCUUCCCCCGGCGACCAUAGGCCUCUAGAAGGCUCCCGGAGAAACGAGCAAAGGGGCGGGGAGCAAGGCGAGCCGUCCGCGCCCCACGGGGCGCGGCCAGGCGCCAGGCGGGAAGUGUU